GGAGCAGGGAGAAGAACACAGGGCACACGCACUACACGCACGGCACGCAGAUACAUAUAGAGAGAGGUUAGCUAUAGCUUGCACAUCUAUUUAACUAACUAACUAACUGGCUAGCUAGCUCGAUCCGCAGAGCAAAGCGAAAGCAGCAAGAAGCAAAGCAAUGGAGAACCCUGCGAGUGUGCUAGUUCUACCAGCGCAGUUCACCAAACUCACCUUCGGAAACCUGUACAUCCGCCGGGCCGGGCCGGGCAGCAGGGAGAUAACCGAGGAGGGCAGGUGCGACCUGGACAAGAGAUACGUGAGUGACUUCCCCGUCUACGACGGCCGCGGCCCCGACGCCAGCCUUGUGGCCCGCGUGCAGGGGAUCACCAGCGAAAUCGGGAACGCGCACCAACUGUUCGUCGUUGUUUUCGACACCGACAGGCUCAAGGGCUCCACGCUCGUCACCAAUGGCGUGAUAACGGCCGGGUCUGACGAGUGGGCGAUCUACGGCGGAACCGGGGUGUUUGCCAUGGCGAGGGGCGUCAUAAGGAGAAGGUAUCUCGCCGACAGGGCCGGCGGGAACACUGAUGAGCUCAACAUGGAUGUCUUCUGCCGGCCGUUUGGCUCACAGUCAGAGCUGCAAGAUAAGAUGCAGGUGCAGGGGCAGGGCUCUAGCGUCACCAAGAUUGGACUAUGGGGUGGACCGGGAGGGUCGGCACAGGACAUCACGGCGGAGCGGCCGCCGCAGCGUCUGCACAGCGUCACCGUUCGUGCUGGCGUCGCCGUCGACUCCAUCGAGUUCACCUAUACUGACAGCGCUGGGCAGAGGCGCGCCGCUGGGCGAUGGGGUGGACUCGGGGGCAAUGUUCGAACGAUCGACCUUGGCGACGCCGAGGAUGUCAGGGAAGUCUCGGGAACAUACGGCGCAUUUGAAGGUGCCACUACGCUGACCUCGCUCAGGCUCGUCACCAGCAGCAGAACCUGGGGCCCCUGGGGUGUCGAGAACGGGACGCGUUUCUCCGUCACGGCGCCCAUCGGCAGCAGCAUCGUGGGAUUCUAUGCGCGGGCGGGAACCAGGCUCGUCGAUGCUAUCGGUGUUUACUUGCGUCAGAUUUAAUUCGAAUAAUAGCAGGGGAGCUACUGCUAGCUACGUACCUGCUCCAUCCUCCAUUAUCCUUUAUUUCAAUUCGCUCAUCAUCGUCGUGUGUAAAUUAAAUAAAUAAAGC